GAGUAGUUCCUGCUUCGCGAGGGUACGCUUCGUACUGUCAUCGGUUUGUCUGUGUGGAGGCUAGCUUUGAGUGACCAAGUGGUGCGAUCAUCUUGCGUCAAACUUUAGACAGUUUCCUUCUUCAAAGGGACUCGGAUCAAAAAUAAAACUAUGGCACCUCUGGAUAACCUUAGCUGUGUCCUGUACAAGAAAGGAGACAUGCGUCUGGAACAGACGGUAAUCAUGGAGCCAAAGGCUAAUGAGGUUCAAGUGUCCAUUCGUAGCGUUGGCAUUUGCGGCUCUGACGUACAUUACCUUGUGCAUGGGGCAAUUGGUAAAUUUGUAGUCACCAAGCCAAUUAUACUUGGGCAUGAAACUGCCGGAGUGGUUAGCAAAGUCGGCGCUAACGUUGAGAACCUUAAAAUCGGUGAUCGUGUUGCUCUCGAGCCUGGCAUCCCCUGCCGUCAUUGUGAGGACUGCCUUUCAGGAAAAUACAACCUUUGUAGCGAUGUCGUCUUCUGUGCUACGCCACCGCACGACGGGACUCUCCGUAGAUUCUACUGUCAGGACGCCCAGUUCUGCUAUAAACUGCCGCCGAAUAUGAGCCUUGACGAAGGCGCAUUCAUUGAGCCGCUCUCGGUUGCCGUACAUUCGUGCAGACGCGCCGCUAUUCAACCAGGCCAGCGUGUUCUCAUCACCGGAGUCGGACCAAUUGGCUUACUUAACAUGCUUGUUGCCAAGGCGUUCGGGGCUUCUCGGAUCGCCGUGAUUGACAUCAUGGAUGCGAAGCUAGCGUUAGCACGGACCCUCGGAGCAGACGCGGCAUUUAAUGUUAAGAAUCAUUCUGAUGAAGAUAUCGUCAAAGAUAUUCGAGAAGCCCUAGGUGGAUAUCCUCACGCUACUCUAGAGUGUAGCGGCGCAGAGAGCUGCAUUCGACUGGCAAUAAAGGCAACUAAUCAGGGAGGAUCUGUGAGUCUGGUAGGCAUGGGGCCGGAUGAGGUAAACGUCCCACUCGUUGAAGCGGCAAUUAAGGAGCUUAACAUACUUGGCGUUUUUAGAUACCGUAACUGUUAUCCGACAGCGAUUGAGUUGAUUUCGAGCGGCCGGGUUAACGUCAAGCCACUUAUUACUCAUCGCUUCCCGCUGGAAGAAGCGCACCGCGCCUUUGAAACAACCAGAACGGGUGUUGAAGGAGCUAUCAAGGUCAUUAUUGAUUGCACCCUGUCGCAAAACAAAUAAAAUGGCCAUACUGAUAGCUGCCUUAGGUCUUUGCCUCUUCGAAGUCCGAUGAAAUGUUUAGGGACAUGGUGCCAAUACCCCACAUCGUUCUAUUGUUACUACAAACAGUAGAACUGAACUACGAACACACAUCUCAGAGGACCCAAUAAAAAGCGUGAUAUAAUGUUGUCUGGAUCCUUUUUUUUAGUGUGUACACAAUGAAAUGUACUGCAAAACUCAUAAACAAAGACCAUCCUUAUUAUUCUCAUUUGUAACAUCGUCAGGCUCGUUAACCUAGCAGCUUCGUAUGAGUGGUUCUUUGCGACGUAAUGUUAUGGUGAAACUGUGUAUGACUCUAAUAGUUCUCUAUAGGUAAAAGCUAUAUUACUUUUGAACUGUUUGUUUUGUACUCGUUGACAGCCAGCUAUUCAUCACGAGUCGACUGACCUAAGCAUUGCCAAAGGAGAGAUGGUUAUAAAACUGGGGAAUGUUGUCGUUCAAGACUUACUACUUAAGGCCUAGAGCAAGGGCAUUGUGAGGGUGAUGGAUUUACGAAGCCGCCUUGCGCUGGAAAUUUUAUUUUGUUAUAAAGAUAAAUUGAUAUGAUCUAGGUUGAUCUUUUCUGUAGGAGACUAUGUGGAAACUAUGUGGAAAGAAAGGAAAGCAUAUGUUAGCAAGACCAUCUGUUUAAAGGCUUAACCAUAAUAUGAAACGCGCCUUAAACAAUUACUCUCGUUAUCAUUGCCAUUACCACUCACCCCACAGAGCGACAACAUUCUUGGAACGUGAAGAGCUAAGCAACGAAGAUCGCGAAAACUUUACAUGUAGCGUCGCCAAUUUAAAAAUGGAGAUUUUAGAACAGAUCUAGGAACAGCAGGAGUAUUUGGACUACAUUACAUUAACUUGCGCAGAGCUGGAUGAUUUUUCAUAUGGCGUUUGAUGAACAGGUUCUCGAUAGUCGUUUGUUGGACAAGAUAUUAUCAGCACCUCUUGACAAUGUCACCCAGAGAGGCUGCGAACGUAGAUUACGCGAACGUCGUUUGUCGAAUUUUUGUAUCGCGGAUAAACUCGACCAGCACAAAAGCCGUACGUGAGGAAGAAAAUUGUCAACAAUAGAAGUUCAGGCGUUUGUCUCGUAAAUAUAGUAUUAAGUUACGAUGCUAAAAUAAGCUCAUUGAAUACUAAUGCGAUUAUUAAAGGAAAGUGACCAAUUUACUCGAUAAUUUUUUAAUUAAUUAAAAUAAAAGGGUGUAAAACAAACCUUCCAAUCAUGAUCAUAAUAAAUUGGCUCAAGCAAAAACCUA